AUAUAUCUUUGAUUCCUCAUGCUAUCUAGCUCUAUAUUUUUCCACUAUAGUCUUCAUAUUUCUAUCAAAGAGCAUCAACUAAGAAAAAUAGGAAACAUGCAGAAUCAGUUGAAAGAUCACAACCACACAGUACAAAUGCAACACAGCAAUAGCAUGAAGCUAACGGACAAGAAGGUGAAGGAUUUGAUGGUGAAUAAGAAGAGACUAGUGGAAAUACCGUACACAGCUACACUAGCACAAACAAUGAACAGACUUGUAGCAAACAAACUAGUGGUGGUUCCGGUGGCUGCGCCACCCGGUCAGUGGAUUGGAGCAGGAGGGUCAAUGAUUGUUGACUCUGAUAAACAAACAGGAGCUGUAAGGAAACGUUAUAUAGGAAUGGUUACUAUGCUUGAUAUUGUUGCUCAAAUAGCUGGUGAUGAUCAUUUGAGUAAUGGUGAUUAUCGUAUUGAAGAUCUUGAUCAAACAAUGUAUGUUCCAUUUUCUUCCAUCAAAGGUCUUACUGCUAUGUUAAAUGCUCUUCCUAUUGUUAGAGCUUCUAAUGUUUCCGAUGAUGAUCACAAACAACACACCAAUGGGAGAUGCAAGAAACUUUUUGGAACAUUUUCUGCAACUGAUUUAAGAGGAUGUUACAUACCCACAUUGAAAUCAUGGUUGAGAUUGGGAAUAAGUGCAUUGGCCUUUACGGAACAUAUAUAUAAUUUAAAAAUAUUAUGGGUUAAAUAAUUAAUUAAUUAGGGGUCAAAGGGGAUAAAUUGAAAUUCGCUAAUAUUACAGAGGGAAUUUAUAAUGGUUUGAAACUUAAUAUUUAGAGUUCAAUUCGAGAUAAUAAUAGUAUUAUGUAAUCCUUACUGAGAUGAUAUUUCAUUCAUCAGCAAUUGCUUCAUCUAUAGUUUUUUUAAUCUAAUUGUAAAAGGGGUUCAGUAACAAGUAUCUUACAAUGAAAAGACAGCUAAAUAAACCAAACUAAUGGAAUGUAACAUUUAAAUUACCAAUAAAAUUUGCCGUUGGAAUCAGUUACGAAAUGGCGAAGAAUUAUUUUUAGUUGUGAUAUACCUUGAAAAUCUCUAAUUGAGAAAGUAACUUCUUAAUUGUAUUUUUAUCAUGACAUAAGGAAAUGUCUUCUUUAUCAAGCAUGCAUUUUAUUAAGGAUCAAUGAAAAUUUUGGCAAUGAAAGAGUUUAUAAGAAAACCUCAAGCAUUGUUUCACUGAGUUGAGCAGCAGAAAUUUCCAUUUACGAACACUCACGAUUCCAAAAUACAAAAAUAGAACCACAACCACCAUGGACAACUUCCAUCUUAAUUUUUUUAUUUAUAAAUGCAUGCCUAUUAAUUUUAGUUUUUUAUUUAUCAACUUUCCUUUAUCAAUUUUGAGGCACUUGAAUAAUGCCUGAUAAUAUCAACCAAAAUGAGAUGCUUUUAGUUUAUUGAAGCAACGGUGACACAGAAGGUCAAUUGUAAAAUAUUACAGGUUAAAACACAAAAAUUCCUUUUAGCCGAAAUGAUAGAAAAUACAUUCAAUAUCAAUUAAAGAGAUCCAUCAAGAUAGUUACAUCUGGAAUUUUAUAAUACCACUCAAAAGAGGUAUAACGUUUUACAUGUAUUUGAGAAUCAGUAGAUUUUGUGCCCACGUAUUAGAUUGGGUAAGUUGAUUUGAAGUUCCAAUUUGGGAGUUUUUAGGUAUCUUGUAUUAGAAUAAUAACAUGUUAAUAUGGUAAAUUUUGGUAUAUUUUGUGUUUUACCGGGAAUAGAGAUAUAUAAUGUAAAGAUGUUACUUAAGUCAAAGGGUAUCUUUUUUGAAAUUCAAUAAUUUCAGACAUUUCUAGAUCGUCUUGGUCCAUAUGAGAUUUAUUAUAUUGUAUAUAUUGGACAAAGAUAGAGGAUAUUUUCUUUUGUGAGGAUAUUUUCUAUUCAAGAUGGAGAAUUUUAAUGAAGGAGGAGCAGUUCAUAGACAAAAUAUUCUUUAUGGUAUUAAGAAUCCGCCAAAUAAUAUAGCCAAAGGAAAUUAUGAAGAUCAAGUAGAAUGUGAUUCUGAAAAAGUUCUCAGGCUUGCUAAGAUCUCUCGUAAAGUCAUGAGAAAACUAGAUAUGAGAUCUAGGAAGAAUGUCUCUUCGAAUUUUCAAGACAAUCAGCAACGCAUUUCAAAGAGGUAUAACUUUCAACAUAAAGGAAAAGAUGGUGAAAUACCAAAUCUCAACUGGAUCCAAUGUCUUAAAUGCAAGGAUUUUGGACAUAUUCAAGUUGAAUGUUCAAGUUUUUCUACGAAAGAAAAAAGAAUCUCCAAUUCCACUAGUGGUGAAUCUAAUCAAUCAAACAAUGUUGUAACCUUCAAAGACAUGAAAGAGAUUAUUCAUAUUGGUGAA